AUGGAAGCUCCAAAUGCAGCCCUGCCUGCAGAUGGUGCUGACUAUCUUCUAGCAUUGCAGCAACAUGAGCAAUUCUAUCACCAAACCAUUGAACAACAACAGAGUCACAACACUGGAAAGCCCAAUGCAAGAGACAGCCCGUAUAUAGACGUAAUGGAGAUAUCAUACAAUGCAAAUGGUAGCCCUUCGGACGGCUUCACUAGUGGCUAUUCGACAACAUCUGUUGAAGAGGAAGGCCUUUUGGAGUUGCUGGCUGAACAAGAACAGCUCGAGUCCCAACAGGUUAAUUUGACGAGGAGGAUUAGUGAAAAGCUACGAAGGACUUCUGUAGUGUCCGACCACUCUCCAACAAACACCACUAGCCGCCGAGUAUCUAUCGAAAUCGAACAAUCACCUUAUAUGACGAAUACUGCAUAUGUAACUCCUGAUCCAUCUUCUGCUGGCAGUAGUAAUGUCCCUUUCAUGCCUACUCUUGACGACUUUUAUGUCCCACAGCUAUCUGUAGAGUCCGCAUCACCAGUACUACAACCAGGAUUCCAACACGCCGAGGCCAUGUUACCACCCUCUAUAUACGCUUACUCGUCAGGAGAGUCCGAUGAAGAUGGCUCAUCUAUAUACUCGGACUCGGAUCUAGGAGAUGGUGUCGAUUCAACAAACAACACCACUGCCUUUGUCUAUGAAGAUGGAGGCUUCUUGGGUUUGUCACGACGACCAAGCUAUAAUAACGGCAGCCAACCUCUUAAUAGCAAUAUACAGCUACAAGAGCGCCGUGGAGCUAGUCCUCGACCACGAUCAAAUAGUAACGAGUCUUUAUCGAGGUUGCAACUGAAUACACUGUCAUUAGGACAACCAUUAUCUACAUCACCAUCUAAUUCUAGUACUGAAAUAUUGCCAAUCCCAUCACCAUUGAUACGAGCUAUACCGUCACCAGAGACUUCACCAUUAAUAAUGCCACAACCAUACCUUUACAACCCGUACCCACCGACAGAGGAUUACUUGGGAUUAUCACUAGAUAACAGUACAAUGAACGGAAUGGGUUUCGUUGGGCAUGAGUCUUCAGGAUCUGUAGGUGGUUUGGGAGGUGUUCCAAAUAUGGAACAGCAGCAUCGACAAUACCAAUAUUCAAAUAAUCCGAUUGGCACGAAUAAUCUCCUAGGAGAUAGAUCAUUUGAAGAUAUAAUCGCACAGUAUCGCAUGGCUCUACAUUCCGAACCACUCGUACCAACCGAUCAACAACAACAAGGUGUAAUGGACCCACACGUCAUCAGUCAACAACAAUAUCAAGUCGCUCAGCAAGUAGUAUCAUCAAACCAAAUCCAACCACAGCAACAUCAACAUCAACGCAAACCUAGUAAAUCAGUAAAGAGAGAAGUAUCGGCAGAUUCAGAUCGCAAAAGAUCCAAGUCUUCUGAUGCAAUGCCGAAGAGGUCUUUUGACGAACCCAGGCCUGCUGAACAGCCAAAACCUAUACCAAUCGUUGCACCCACCAACACGAUUGGGCCUGAUGGCAAACCUGUUAUGAAGACCACGCUUUAUCAAUGUCCACAUCCAGGCUGUGGUAAAACAUUUACACGACCAUAUAAUUUAAAGUCGCAUUAUCGCUCUCAUACGGGUGAGAGGCCAUUUGCCUGCCCCCAUUGUGAACUACAGUUCAGUAGGAAGCAUGACCUCAAAAGACAUGCAAAGCUCCAUGCUGGUGUCAAGUCGUAUGUCUGCCCAGUUUGUGGGAAAGCCUUUGCUCGAUCUGAUGCUUUGAGACGCCAUACUCGAGCAUCUGAACCAGGCAAGGAAUCUGCAUGUACCAGUAGAGUCAGAUCGAUGGGUGGGAGUGUUGAAUCCUCGUUGAGUACUUCGCCAUCAGGAUACAAUGGUGGAAGUAGCUCAGCACCAACUCGUAGAGCCAAAUCUAUGGACGGUCUGCAUACCAUGGAAGACUACAACUAUCAGUAUGGAGAUUACGGAAAUUCGCUAGGAAGUGAUGGUAGUUUCUUGCUUCCUUCGUCCCACGGGCACAUACAACAAACACCAGAACCCGAAGAUAGAAAGAGAACCACGGCGGAAUUGGAUGCGGAGGAAGAUGAGGAGGAUGGUGAUUCAGAUUACGAAGAUGGUUGA